UAUGGCGCAUAUUUAUAUAAAAUUAAAGCUGUACUCGAUCCAGGAACCGUUUUCAUCGUUUGCAAUAUAAUUUUGUUUGGAUCGUAUUAUCUCGGAGUGCCUAAAAUAGAUUCUGCUUCCGAGAAAGGAGUGAGAUUAAUGGACGUAAAAGGCAUUAUUGAAUUCGAAGAUGUCCAUUUUUCAUAUCCGACAAGAAAAGAACACCCAGUACUAAAUGGUUUGUCGUGGGUUGCUAAUCCAGGUGAAACAAUUGCUCUUGUUGGGCACAGCGGCUGUGGAAAAAGCACAUCGGUAAGUUUAGAUUUAAUGAUUGGUUUAUUGACACGUUUAUACGAAUGCGAUUCGGGAUCUAUAAUGAUCGAUGGAAUUGAUGUUCGCGAAUUUAAUAUUCACUGGCUUCGAAAUAUAGUUGGUGUUGUGCAACAAUGUUUUAAGGAGCCGCAAUUAUUUAAUGGAACAAUCAAAGAAAAUAUUCUUCUUGGGCAGCCUGAUUUAGAUGAUAAGGAUAUAAUUGCUGCCUGCAAAACUGCGAAUGCUCACAUAUUUAUCAAAAAAUUUAGUGAGGGAUAUAAUACAAAAAUUGGAGCCGGAGGUGUUCAACUUUCUGGCGGCCAAAAACAACGAAUUGCAAUUGCACGUACUAUUCUUAGAAACCCUCGCAUACUUUUAUUAGAUGAAGCAACAAGUGCACUUGAUGUUGAAAGCGAAAUUAUCGUUCAGAAUGCACUGAAAAAGGCAUCGAUUGGACGAACGACUAUCGUUAUCGCACAUCGAAUGUCAACAUUGCGUGAUUGUGAUAAGAUUAUUGUUCUAGAAUGCGGAAAAGUCGCUGAAUCAGGUGGACAGCACAAGCAAUUAUGUGAGAAAGAAGGCGGAAUAUAUGCAAAUCUUGUUAAAUCGCAACGAUUCGAAGAUGAGCCAACAUCUCCAGAUGUCAGACAUGCUGAUGAUGAACAUGUGAUGCAAGCUUUCAGGCGUAGUCAUUCAAACAGAUCUUCGACUUCUUCGCUCAUUAAAAGGCUUAGUAUCGUUCAACGAUCUUCAAUCAUUCAUCGCAGUCGCCGGAAAGUAGAUGAAAUACUCAAACCAAAUUCAAAUUCAACUGAAAAAGAGAAAGGGCAAGGAGGAUUGUUACAAUUAUAUUCGAACUGUCAAGGCAAUUAUAUAAUUUUGGCAAGUGCUUCACUUGUGUCUGUAAUCCGUGGGUUGGAACUACCUCUCUAUGCUUAUAUAUAUAAAAUGGCUUUUGCAAGUUUCGAGCAACGGAACCCAGAUGAGAUGAUGCGGCAAAUGAUCAAUGUUUUGGCAGCGUUUAUAGCGGUUGGGGUAGGCUGUUGGAUCCUAAUUUGGGGAGCGGUUAGUCUAUAUUAUUUCAUUCAUUUCUAA